UUGCCGCAAAUCGUACUCAACACACACUGUACUCGAUAUUCCCGUGUAGCUGCCACAUGUUUAUCACUGGAAAUUAGAGCUCAAACUAUUUUAAAAGGAAAGAAUCGAAGAAAUAAUUCAUUUUUUUGUGUGUGAAAGGAAAUUGGUGUAUACAAAAUGGUUGUACUGAGUUGUAGAUUUUACAAAGAAAAAUACCCUGAGGUUGACGAUGUUGUCAUGGUCAAUGUCCGUGCAAUCGCCGAAAUGGGCGCAUACGUUUACCUUUUGGAAUAUAAUAAUAUCGAAGGUAUGAUUUUGUUGUCGGAAUUGUCACGACGGCGUAUUCGUUCGAUAAACAAAUUAAUUCGUGUGGGCAAAACCGAACCGGUAGUCGUUAUUCGUGUUGACAAGGAAAAAGGCUAUAUUGAUCUGUCAAAACGUCGUGUAUCACCUGAAGAUGUAGACAAGUGUACAGAACGUUUUGCCAAGGCGAAAGCGGUCAAUUCAAUAUUACGUCAUGUGGCCGAUAUUUUAAAAUUCGAAACAGACGAACAACUGGAAGAAUUGUAUCAAAAAACGGCCUGGCACUUUGAAGAAAAAUAUAAAAAUAAAGCGGCCGCAUACGACGUAUUCAAGCAAGCGGUGGUUGAUCCAUCAAUUUUGGACGAAUGCGGUUUGGAAGAUAAAACCAGAGAGGUGCUAUUGAAUAAUAUUCGACGAAAAUUGACGUCGCAGGCAGUUAAAAUUCGUGCUGACAUCGAAUGUGCCUGCUAUGAAUAUGAAGGAAUUGAUGCGGUCAAAGAAGCAUUACGCGCUGGAUUAGAAACAUCCACCGAAGAGCUACCAAUUAAAAUCAAUCUCAUUGCUCCUCCAUUAUAUGUAAUGACAACGUCAACGCCCGAAAAAGCCGAUGGAUUAAAAGCGCUGGAAAAUGCCAUUGAACGAAUUCGAGAAACAAUUACGAAACUUGGUGGUGUAUUUACGGUGAACAUGGCGCCGAAAGUUGUAACCGCAACGGAUGAAGCUGAUUUGGCACGCCGAAUGGAACGUGCUGAAGCCGAAAAUGCAUUAGUUGACGGCGAUGAAGAUGAAGAAAAUGAAGAGGGUAUAUCAUACAACGAUGGUGAAAAUGGUGACGAAAAAGACGAUGAAGAUGGUGGCAGCAGUGAGGACGAUGUGAAAAAUUAAAUUGAACAAAACGGCAACGAUUUCUUCUUCUGAUUGUUAAAGAUAUAUCCGAAACAAACAAACAACACAUUCAAAGAAAAAAUCUUCCAAAUUUAUAUAGGUAAAUUCGAGUCGCGUUUUCACAUUGCAGCCAGGUUCAAUGUGUCAAAGAGAAAAAAAUAAUCGAAAAAUCACACAAAAAGUCACACAAACUCAACGUAUUCAAACUGUACACAUACACAGAGAAACAACAAACAAAUUAAGAGAAUAAUGAAAUCCUUCUUUCCAAUAUUUGUAAUCGAAUAAAUAAAAUAAAACAAAUCAAAUUGCAGCAUUAUA